AUGUCGGAGCACGCGGCACCCGGGGCCCCGGGGCCUGGGCCCAACGGCGGUGGUGGUGGCGGCGGCGGCGGCGGCGGCGGCGGCCCGGCCCCCGCGCGCGGGCCUCGCACCCCCAACCUCAACCCCAAUCCUCUCAUCAACGUGCGCGACCGGCUUUUCCACGCGCUCUUCUUCAAGAUGGCUGUCACCUACUCGCGCCUCUUCCCGCCCGCCUUCCGUCGGCUCUUCGAGUUUUUCGUGUUGCUCAAGGCCCUGUUUGUGCUGUUUGUCCUGGCCUACAUCCACAUCGUCUUCUCCCGCUCACCCAUCAACUGCCUGGAGCACGUGCGUGACAAGUGGCCGCGUGAGGGCAUCCUGCGGGUAGAGGUGCAACACAACUCAAGCCGCGCGCCCGUCUUCCUGCAGUUCUGCGAUGGUGGCCAUGGCAGCUUCCCUGGCCUGGCUGUGGAGCCAGAUGGCCUGGAGCUAGAGGAGGAGGAGGAGGAGGAGCUGACCAUGGACAUGUUCGGGAACAGCUCCAUCAAGUUUGAGCUGGACAUCGAGCCCAAGGUGUUCAAGCCACCAGGUGGCCCCGAGGCCUUAAAUGACAGCCAGGAGUUCCCAUUCCCUGAGACGCCCCCAAAAGCCUGGCCACAGGACGAGUACAUCGUGGAGUACUCGCUGGAGUAUGGCUUCCUGAGGUUGUCGCAGGCCACGCGCCAGCGGCUCAGCAUCCCUGUCAUGGUGGUCACCCUGGAUCCCACACGGGACCAGUGCUUUGGUGACCGCUUCAGCCGCCUGCUCCUGGCUGAGUUCCUGGGCUAUGAUGACAUCCUUAUGUCCAGUGUGAAGGGCCUGGCGGAGAAUGAGGAGAACAAAGGCUUCCUGAGGAAUGUGGUGUCCGGCGAGCACUACCGCUUCGUGAGCAUGUGGAUGGCCCGCACGUCCUACCUGGCCGCCUUCGUCAUCAUGGUCAUCUUUACCCUGAGUGUGUCCAUGUUGCUGCGCUACUCCCACCACCAGAUCUUCGUCUUCAUUGUGGACCUGCUGCAGAUGCUGGAGAUGAACAUGGCCAUCGCCUUCCCCGCAGCGCCCCUGCUGACCGUCAUCCUGGCCCUUGUGGGAAUGGAGGCGAUCAUGUCCGAGUUCUUCAACGACACCACUACAGCCUUCUACAUCAUCCUCAUUGUGUGGCUGGCUGACCAGUAUGACGCCAUCUGCUGCCACACCAACACCAGCAAGCGGCACUGGCUUCGGUUCUUCUACCUGUACCACUUUGCCUUCUAUGCUUACCACUAUCGCUUCAACGGGCAGUACAGCAGCCUGGCACUCGUCACCUCCUGGCUCUUCAUCCAGCAUUCCAUGAUCUACUUCUUCCACCACUAUGAACUACCUGCCAUCCUGCAGCAGAUCCGUGUCCAGGAGAUGCUGCUGCAAACACCACCACUGGGCCCCGGCACUCCCACGGCCCUGCCGGACGACCUGAACAACAAUGGAGGCAUCCCACCUAUCACCCCCGACGCUGCCAACCAGUCCCCUGCCCUGGGCCCUGGCUUGCCAGGUGCUGGCGGGGGCCCCGGGCCCGUGGCUGAGGCACCUAGCUCCCUGGUGGCCGCAGCAGCCUCAGUGGCUGCAGCAGCCAGUGGUGACCUGGGUUGGAUGGCAGAGACGGCUGCCAUCAUCACAGACGCCUCCUUCCUGUCUGGCCUGAGCGCCUCUCUCCUGGACCGGCGGCCAGCCAGCCCCCUGAGCCCCAGUGGGGGGCUCCCACGGGCCCUGCAGGACAAUGCCCCUACAAGCAACUCUCCAGGGUCUGAUGCAAUCCCUCAGACCACCGGGGGGGGCAGGCCCAGCCCUGCGUCCACCGAUCUAGUGGGCACGCCCUCAGAGGUCGGCUCCUGA